AUGCGACGAAUCCCCUCUCAAGUACCUCAAGCAGUCUCUCGUCUACUCCAAGGCAACGUAAUCUCCCAACCGCCAACAUGGUACAUCCCCGUCCUAUCCAAUCCACCUCCCCAGUUGCCCCCAAGACAAGUCGUACAGCGCAAACGACCCAUUUCACCCUCUGAUCGAUCGAACGAAGACUUGUCGUAUAUACCUCCAGGUGAACUCGAGAGAAGAGAUAGAUUGAGGAAAUAUAAGAGUAGGAAGCAGAAACCUGAAAGGAUCGUUUACUUAGAGGAUAAGAUCCGAAGACAGUUCUUCAAAGAUUUCCCAUUUGAAGCUUUAAGACCGAUCUCGCUAGUAGAGGAUCAGGAGAUCGAUGAGAGCAGGAAAUUAGAUGGUGAGAGCUGGGUGAAACUGGAACAGAGAGGAGAAUAUCCCACUGUAGAAGAUACGAUCUCUUUCGUACUCAAUGUCCAACAGACACGUCAGAUCCCAAUCUCCGAAGCUUACGCAAUUGCGACUGGGGAAUUCAUAUCCCUUAGAGCAAGACAUGAACAAGCUACUAUAGCUGCUGAGAUUGAAGCUAGACAGUAUGGUGCGGAAUUCAAACCUGAUGCUUUUGAACGCCAAUUCAACCUUGAAAGCAAAUCCUUAUCAUCCCUUAUCCCACCUUCUUCCACAAGAUCAUCAGAUUCAACUAAAAUCAAAUACCGUAAACAGCCAAGAUGGCAAUGGUCCAACACCAUCCCUUCCUUCGCAUCUGGCAGUGGCAGUAAUGAAUUUACGGGUGGAAAGAGUUAUAUGGAAAAUUGGAAAUUACCCAAACCACUAGAAACGUCUCAAGGAGCACGACAGAGUGAAUUGCUGAGCAGUAUACCUCAGAUUGAGAGUCCACAGGUCGAAGCUGAGGAUACUAGGGGACAGGAAGAAAGUGAUUUGGAGUUCCUACAGGCCGUUUUGGGUAAGAGAUCGUAG